CCUUCCCAAUUCCCAUAUAGAGAAGAGAAACACUAAAACCCCAAACAAAAUCAAAACCAAAAUCAAAGAAAUGGGUAGCACAAAAGAGAUGGAAGUAGUGAGAAAUCUUGAUGUGGAGAGGUACAUGGGGAGGUGGUACGAGAUAGCCUCAUUCCCAUCAAGAUUUCAGCCCAAGGAUGGGGUGGACACUAGGGCUACCUAUACUCUCAACCCUGAUGCCACAGUUCAUGUGUUGAAUGAGACUUGGAGUGGUGGGAAGAGAGGUUUCAUCGAGGGAACUGCAUACAAAGCUGACCCUAAAAGCGAUGAGGCUAAGCUGAAGGUCAAGUUUUAUCUUCCCCCUUUCUUGCCCAUAAUCCCUAUCACUGGGGACUACUGGGUUUUGCACAUUGACCAGGAUUACCAGUAUGCUUUGAUUGGCCAGCCUAGCAGGAAUUAUCUCUGGAUAUUGUGUAGGCAGCCUCGCCUUGAUGAUGAGAUCUACAACCAGCUCCUUGAAAGGGCGAAAGACGAGGGGUACGAUGUAAGCAAGCUUCACAAGACACCGCAUUCUGAGACUCCACCGGAGGGGGAAGUUGCGAGCGACAAAGGGAUUUGGUGGCUCAAGUCCAUCUUUGGAAAGUAGGGCAUUUACAUCUGAACUGAGAAAAAUAAGGAGCUUUAUGUUGUAGGAUGUAAAUGUGAACUGAGAAGAAAGGAUGGAUAAGGGCAGUGUUUUUUGCAUAUGUUUUUUUAUGGAUUGAUUUGUGUAAUCUUGAAAAGAUUGUAUGUUUGUAUGUAUGUAUGUGUAUGUUGUUUUGUAUGAAGUUUCUUGAAUUUGUCUCCUUUUGUUCUAUGGUCAAGGAUGACCAUAAUAUGGCAUUUGAAGUUUCUUGGAUAUACACAGGCACCUAUUUCUUAUCAA